AUGCACUUCACAGGCUCCUCCUUGUCUCCUUGAUUUGACAUUCCCGCCUCCUGUAAGCUGUCAUCCUCUGUUGGCAUUUGUAUGUGGUGUAAGCACUUGCAAGGGAAGAAAACCUCACUUCAUCUCUCAGGAGGGAUCCAAGGUGUUAUGGGAACUGAGCACUCAAAGAACGAGGGGCAAAGAAGCAUGUGUUUUAUGAGGAGAGGUACAAAGCUGCCUGCAUGGGAAGAUGCUCUUCUCUCAGGGAAAGAGCCUAAGUCACUGCUGAAACAGGGAUUGCGUUAUGUCAGCUUGAGCCUUAUAAUGAAAGGGAUGACCAGCACACCUGACUUCGUGUGGGGACUGCCUGAGGUGCAGAAACUGAACCUUUCACACAACCAGCUGGUGGUGAUUCCUCCUUCACUGGGGAAACUGGACAGGCUAGUAGUGCUGAACUUGGGUGACAACUGUCUCAAGUACCUGCCUAAAGAGAUUGGGCUGCUGAGGAACCUGAAGGUCUUGUUCAUCAAUAUGAAUUGCCUGACAGAAGUGCCAGCAGAGCUCAGCUUGUGCAGGAAGCUGGAGGUUUUGAGCCUCUCACACAACUGCAUCUCUCAACUGCCUUUGAGCUUCAGCGACCUGACAAGUCUGAGGAAACUGAACCUCAGUAACAACAGGUUUGUGCAAAUUCCCCUCUGUGUUUUUGCACUAAGGAAUUUAGACUUUUUGCACCUGGGGUCCAACAGGCUUGAAAAUAUUGCGGACAGUGUCCAGUACCUGGUCAAUCUGCAAAUCUUUAUCAUAGAGAAUAACAACAUACGCAAUCUGCCACGAUCUCUCUGCUUCAUCACCACUCUGGAAUUACUAAAUGUUGAUUACAAUGCUAUACAGACUGUCCCAGAUGACCUCUACCUGCUGCACCAGCUGCCACGCAUUGCAUGGAACCCAAUGGACAAAGGUCUCCACAUCACCCACAACCCUUUGUCCCGGCCUCUGCCUGAGAUCAUAGAAGGGGGGCUGGAUGCCCUCUACACCUAUCUCAGGAAUAAAAAGGAGCACAACUGA